AUGCUAAAUUCACUACAAUCCUUCCCUAUAUUUAUUUUUACACUUUUAUGCAUUGUACAUAAUGCUGGUGGGGAACCUAAAGUUACCAAAGCCCGUGCUUAUCUCUUUAAAGCUGUUCAGUCUCCCGAAUUAACUGCCCUUCAACCCUUGGGAGUUGUCGAUUUUUGUGAUCUUGGGAAAGGAUUGAUGGCUAUAAAUGGAACCCUUAAAGGUCUCCCUCCAGGUCUACACGGCUUCCAUGUCCACCAAUUUGGUGAUUUAAGCCAACUCUGUACAGGUGCAGGAUUGCACUUUAAUCCUCAUAAAAGACAUCAUGGAGCGCCUCAGGACUUGGAAAGACAUGUUGGUGAUUUGGGCAAUAUUCAGGCUGAUGAAAACGGAACAGCCAUAAUACGCAUCAGAGAUCGUUAUAUGACAUUUAAGGGUGUAAACAAUAUUAUUGGAAGGGGACUUUUAGUGCAUGAAAAGGUUGAUGAUCUUGGGCGUGGAGGGAAUGAUGAAAGUUUAAAAACUGGAAAUGCUGGUCCUCGUUUUGGAUGUGGAGUAAUUGGUAUACGUGGAGAAAAUUUGUAA